AUGCCUGUAUUCACCGAAUACUCUGCGGCGUCGCGGGAACUGCGUGUGCUCCCCUCGUUUGCCCCUCCAUUGCCCCGCCUCUCGUCACCAUUUACUCGGGACGACCAAACAGAAAAGUAUGAAGUGGUCAUUGUUGGCGCUGGUCCAGCGGGACUCAUGCUAGACCUGCUCCUGGCACGAUACGGGCUCAGCGACGACUCGUUGCUCUGUGUUGAUGCGAAGCCCGGAACUCUCAAAUCAGGCCAAGCUGAUGGUCUACAACCUCGCACGCUGGAAGUGUUGAAGUCCCUCGGAGUCGCAGAUGAGAUCCUGAACGACGGAUGCCACAUGGAAGAGGUGGCAUUCUGGAACCCUUCCGCGAACAAGGACGAGAUAAUCGAAAGAACAUCGAUAGUUCCAGAUGUCGCUGUUCCGGCGCGGUACCAGCAUGAAGUGACUAUUCACCAAGGUCGAAUUGAACGGAUUCUAGAGACGGAUUUGCUGCGGUAUUCGAAACGUGGUGUCCAGCGUAAUACUAAACUUCUUGAUGCCAGGAUCGAUGAAGCUGGAGAUCCUGAGUUCCCUGUUGUUGCUGACCUAGAAACGGAUGGACAGCGCAGAACCGUGCGCGCGAAGCACCUGGUUGGUGCCGAUGGGGCGCAUUCGAUGGUCCGCCGUUGCAUGGGACUGCAGCUAGUGGGCGAGUCUUUGGACCAUAUCUGGGGUGUGGUUGAUCUGGUCGUGGAUACGGAUUUUCCGGACAUCAGGAGACGGUGUGCCAUUCACUCACCAGCGGGUUCGGUGAUGGUCAUCCCGCGUGAGCGCAUCGCUACUGGUGACUAUUUGACUCGUCUUUAUGUCCAGGUGCCGGAGGAAGCUAUGCCGGACGCGGAAGAGGUUCCCGUCAAUGGGACUACCACUCCAAAGGCCGAUGCUCGGGCUCGGAGAAGUAAGGUUACCUUGGAAAGCAUUUUCCAAUAUGCAGAGGAUGCGUUCAAGCCAUAUUAUAUUCGACCGAAAGAGAAUGGGGCCGUGGACUGGUGGGCCGCGUACCAGAUCGGCCAGCGAGUAUCGGAUAACUUUACGGUCAAGGAUUCCAAGGGAGUUAAUCGGGUGUUCAUUGUAGGAGAUGCGUGCCAUACCCAUAGCCCUAAGGCUGGACAAGGAAUGAACGUUUCUAUGAUGGACUCAUACAAUCUGGCGUGGAAACUGGCCUAUUCCAUCAAUGGCCUCACCCCAGAUUCUGCAUUAUCCGGGAAACCUGAUUCUGUCUUGGACACGUAUCAUGUAGAACGCCACACGAUCGCGCAGGAACUCAUUGAAUUCGACCGUGCGUUUUCGUCCAUGUUCUCAGGCAAGAUAGGGUCUGGAGAGGACGGUGUGGAAGGUCUAACUCACGACCAAUUCCUUGAGGUCUUUAGCACCGGAAAUGGCUUUACCAGUGGCUGUGGCAUUGAAUACCCAGAAAACUUGACCGUGGAGAAGAAAUUAGGACAAGAUAUCAAGAGUCCAGUCACUGGUACAGACUACCUCUCCGGGAUUCUACGCCCGGGAAGGAGAUUAUUGGAUGUACGGCUUAAAAGACAUGCCGAUGGGAACCGGCGUCAUCUGCAAGAUGAUUUCCUCUCAACCGGACGAUUUCGUAUUCUUUGCCUUACCUCAUUAGACUUGCUAGAUCCCCAGGGAACCUCUGCUAAGGCAUUGACUACCCUUGGAACCUCUGUUCUCCCUCACUUCCCAGUCUCGACACUGGAGCAGGUGGUUAUUCACCCUCGCCUUGACAAGACCUUCACAUGGCGCGAUGUGCCUCAGGAGCUUAAGAAACACUCCGAAAUGCGGUUUCACAGCGGCUAUGAAAUUGAUGACGUUUAUAAGGUCUACGGCGUGGACCCAGCCCAGGGAGCCUUGGCCGUGAUUCGGCCUGAUGGAUAUGUUGGAACGAUUGCAGCGUUAGACGAUGUUAACCGGAUUGAGAGAUACUUAGCAGGAUGCUUGAGAAAGGUUUAG